GACCGAGCUCAUCCGCGAUACAGUUGCUUUUCGCAUCCAACAGACAAAAUGGCUGAUGUUCCCAAGCGUGAAAUUGAAAAUGUCGAAUUCGUGUUCGAAGUCAUGGGUUCCGCCGGCGAGGGCAUUGAUGCCGUCGAUCUAGGCGAUGCUCUGCGUGCCCUGAACUUGAACCCCACCUUGGCUCUGAUCGAGAAAAUGGGUGGCACCAAGAAGCGCAACGAGAAGAAGAUCAAGAUGGACGAAUUCCUGCCCAUUUACUCACAGGUCAAGAAGGAGAAGGAGCAGGGCUGCUACGAGGACUUCAUUGAGUGCUUGAAGCUCUACGACAAGGAGGAGAACGGCACCAUGAUGCUCGCUGAGCUGCAGCACGCCCUGCUGGCGCUUGGUGAGAGCUUGGAUGACGAGCAGGUUGAGACUCUGUUCGCUGACUGCAUGGAUCCCGAGGACGAUGAGGGAUUGAUCCCCUACUCUCCAUUCCUCGCCAGAAUGUGUGAAAGACCAGAUAUGUUGAAGUGAAUAUGAAAUGAAUGAAAUGAGUUGUUGAGACCGACAUCCAAUCAACAACAACUGAAACAACACCAACAGAUUUAUAGCAACAACCAUUCUCCAUAGAUGUUAUAUUCAUCGCUAACUCUCUCUAUCUCUCUCUCGUAUAUUAUUUUAAUUAAAUUUUACUUCUGCUACUACAACUGCAAUUGAACUUCAAGAUAAUAUUAUUUUUUAAAAAAUAAAAAAAAUUUAAAUUAUAAAAUAACGAAAAAAAACUGAAAAAAAUAUUAAGUUUCUGUGCACAUUAUUUUGUUAUUCACUUUGUUGCUUUUACAAGCCCAAAACAAUAGUUAAUUAUUAUUCCUUAUGAGACGCAAAUAAAUCAAAUAGCAAAUACAAUAAUGUUUAGGAAACUGCAACUUGCUACCUGAAACGAAAUGAGGCAGCUGCUACCUGCAGCCACCCUGAGGUCGACACUUCAGAGGUUACCACACUGAAUAUUUCAAAGUGAAAUAAGUCCAAUGUAUUUAAAUAAACACUAUGAAUAGUUUGUGAAGCCCCUACCAAAAGGGACAAGCACAAUGAUAA